CAGGACUCGCACUACGCGCAGCAGUCGUCGCUGCUCGCAACAAUAUUUGCGAGCGUCAGUUGUUCGAGAGCGUUUCACGCGUGUGUUACGUGAGUCUUUGCCUCGUCGCCACUAUCAAGAGGCCCCAAUUUUUGGAGCAAGUGUGACAAAUAAGCCCGUGAUUACGAAUAAGUGCGUUCAUAACCAUCUAUCCCGUGUUGUUAAGGACAGUGUUCAAAGUUGAAAAGCAACAAGAAGGAGGAAAAAUGAGUACCCGCGUACUCAAUCCUGCUGCCACGUUGAUGACGGAGAUAAUUAGGAUUGGCAGUGCCAGCACGCCACCAAGGAGUACCGGCAGGAGCAGCAUCAGAGGCCGAGUACAGCCGAGCCGAGAAGCUUUGGCGAUGGUGAAGCGUGACUUGUUCGGUCCAGUGGAUCACGUAGCGGCACGUGCUAUGGCUGAAGAUGAGUUGGAAGCCCAGUCGAUCCAGGAGACCGAGCGCUGGGGUUUUGACUUUAGGCUGGAGAUGCCAAAGAACGGCAGUGGCUCAAGGUUCGAGUGGGAAAUCGUUACGGCGAACGACGACGUUCCUGAGCCUUACGCUUGGCGCGGUAUGCCUUAUACCAAGAAAAGCAUGCCCUCGAGUCCGAAAAAGUCGUCUUCAGCCAUGCUCUCGCCAAGGACAGUCAGAAUAGCCGAUGAUUCACUGACGAUACCUACGCCCGUCAAAGUGUACCAUUCGAUGUGUGAGUCCGAGAGAACGCCGCCACAGGAGAGCUGUAACCUUGGUUCCUUGACGACGACGGCCAUGACGAAGGAGAGGAAUGCCAGGGUACAGCAUGUGAAGCAGAGCAGGAGGAGUUGUACGAGUAGUAGCAGCACCACGCCUGGUCAGAUGAGGAAACAAAUGGCGAUAACCGAUUUCAUGAAGUGCCGCAAGCGCACGCUGAACGGCUCGUCGAAGGGCCUCAUGGACUCACCACCGGCCAGCAAAGUGGCGCGCAAAAAUAGCCAGAUUCUCAGCUAGAGCUCCUCCCACUCCGGAAGCCGAACGGCUUUCCCCGAAGGAGGACAAAGGAGCUCCCACUGGGCCUCUCUCCCGCAAUCGUGUGCAACUCCUUCGGCGGUUUGUGCGCGGUCACGCGUCUUUUACGUGCCUGUGACAAACAAAAAAAUCGUGUUAAACAACAAAGAACUUGGAGGGAAAUAAGUGAGGAACAAGCCAGUGCGCGUGAAACUCAGGGUUGCUUGGCUGUGCCAUUCGCCCUAUACAUUUCCCCAAUUUUUUUUUCCCCUCUUGUACUCCCAUCGUGGAAGGACAAAAAAAUUUACAUUAUGAUUCCUUACUUUUCUCGCCACGGAUUCUCUCCACGCACCCAAUAAGGAGGGGCUUGGAAAGACUUUCUGAGCUCUUCCUAAUUGUGUAUAUAUAUAUUUGUCACAAACGCAAAGGUAAAAAAGUGCGAGCCUUAUCUUACACCUAUUGUCAAUCAAUUUUUUCUUUUCAUCGAUCGGUGCGCGAUGACAAUCUCCGAGAAAGGUCAGGAAACAUAAUGAAUUUUUUUAUCCUUCCGCGAUGGGAGUACCCUGCAUUUCACGCGCACUAACUUAUUCCUUAUUUUUUUUCCCUCUAAUGUCUUUGUUUUUCAACACAAUCCCUGUUCGUCACAGGUACGUGAACGACGCGUAACCGCGGAUGAAUCGGAGAAUGGUCUUGUCCAUAUGCGCUGCCGCGUGCACUUGGAGAUCCGGAAAGACGCGUCCUCCUCUCGAGGUUGGGUCGAUUGCACUUGUCUGCCUUGACUCAGGGCCGAGAGGCGUGCCAUUCUCGACGUUGUUUUUCUAGUGCUUUGGGUAGUAAAGCGGUUUUCACGAUGUGAUGCUUGAAAACCGUUUUCUUACCUGCCCAGUGACCAAAGCACCUUUGUAUUUUAACUUGUAAAAUAUGUA